GUCAACCACCAACGGAUACCAAAGGCCUCGUCCGGCGCGGCACCUUCACUGACCGCCACUCGUCGCAGAGCGGCUGACCACCGCCAUGAACGUCUUUGUCCAGAACUUGCCCGACAAUGUCACCUACACCGAGGUCGAGAGGACCUUCGACCGCCCGCUGAGGCAGUGUGGCGUGAGGGACUUCCACAUUGAGAAGCAUCGCGGCAGAGGGAAUGCCACCAUCACCAUCCUCGACGUGCGCGCCGGCCAGAACUUCUUGGCCACAUAUGGCACCAUUCCCUCAUACCGCGGUGGUAAGCCGGGCCUGCCAUUGCGCUACAAUAACCAGCAACUGCGAAUCGUCAAGGACAAGAACGAGCCCAGUGAUUUUGCCGUCCAGGCUUUGGCAUAUGAGCAGAAGAAUGAGCAGAAGAAGCAACACCACCCUCCACCUUCUGUCACUCAGUCUCAGGUGAGCCAAGUCAGGAAUGAAAUCACCUGCAAUGUCCUCCAAGUCGGCAACUGGGAGUACGCCAAAGACGCACCAUCACAAAUCGAUCCUAAGCUGGGCUUCACCUCCUAUUUCGCAGACUAUCGUCAAGGCCGUGUCAUCUUUGGCCGUAGGGAAGCAAAGAUCAUCUUCGGCGACGUCCGCUCUAUACAGCACCGCAUCGAUAUCCCCUACCACGACUGUCGAGAUAUCAUUCUAGGCACUUCAACCGAGCCAACCGUCAGCUUCACUCUCCAUGUCGCUCCGAAGCUGUACGAGCUCGAUGCGCUGCAGGAAAGGGACGAUCUGAGUGCACUUCUCGCUCAGAUGUCUGCAGCCAGUCUGAACCGGUCAAUUCCACCAAUGAGCUUCCAACACAUCGGCAAGAAGUUUAGAGUGUCGUCAAUCAACACUCGUCAUGCUCAGGUGGUGGGACAGUGCUUUGUGUAUCGGAUCGCACUGCUGGAUGGAAGCAAGCUUUCGCGCAUCCGCGACCUCGUUUCGAGGAGUGGAAAGUGCACUGUUCUGGCCCUGAAGACAGGCGUCACCAAUUCGAAAGAACCGAUGGAUAAAUCCUUCACGCGCUUGAACCACGAACUCUCCGAUCAAGGUCGAUACGGCUCACGUCCAUUUCAAUUGCUGUAUCAAGUGGAUCGGCUGGCGCGCAAUGGUUUCUUGCCUCCAGACAAGGUCCUUGCAUUGCUGCCGAUGAUCUCGAGAAUCCACAAGGCGCAUGGCCUAGCGCAGACCGUUGCAGGGCUGCGGCUACUCUCUCGCAAUUUGCCCCUUCCUGGACCCGAUACAGAGGCCCAAGAUUUCUCUCUCGAGUCACUCGAGGAGUUGCUAGAGGAAUACGUCGCUUGCUACGAUGCUUUUGCACCCGAUAAUCCGUACGAGCUGGCUAAGCGAUACAGUCACAUUAACCUCAUCCACAGAGUGGUGGUGACACCUACGGGAAUUCGCUUGGAGGGCCCCGAGCCUGAGCCGACCAACCGCGUGCUACGGCUCCAUGCACAGAACACCGAUAACUUUGUGCGAAUGGUAUUUCAAGAUGAAGACGGAGGUCGAGUCAAGUUUGACUGGUCGAGCGACUACCAACGCAUCUACCAUGAACGAUUCCAGGGCAUUCUCGAUAAGGGCAUUACCAUCGCAGGCAAGAGCUUCACGUUUCUGGGCUUCUCUCAUUCGUCGCUGCGCAGUCAAUCGUGCUGGUUCAUGGCACCGUUCGUCAAGGCCGGAUCGUUAAUGUUUGCUGAGAAAGUCAUCAAGGAACUCGGUAACUUUUCUGGGAUUAGGACUCCAGCCAAGUGUGCGGCACGCAUCGGCCAGAACUUUACCGAUACCAAUACGAGUGUCAGACUGCAGAGAGAUCAAGUCUUUGAACUUGCGGAAGUCGUGCGAAACGGGCACGACUUUGCGGAUGGCGCAGGCACCAUAUCAAAAGGUCUCCUCGAAGAGGUCUGGAAGGUAUAUGGCACGAAGCGAAUGCUGAAGCCCACUGCGUUACAAAUCCGCUUUCAGGGUGCGAAAGGCAUGGUUGCUCAGGAUACUCGACUCCCGGGCAAGCGUCUGAUGCUUCGAAACAACAUGAGGAAGUACCUGACGGGGGCGGACGACCACAUGGAUCUCGAGAUUUGCGGUGCUGCUUUCCGACCCCUCCCCAUGAUUCUCAACCGUGGGUUCAUCAAGAUUCUCGAAGAUCUGGCAGUGCCCGAGCAGUCCUUCAUCAAUUUGCAGAAUAAAGCCAUGGAGAGAUUGAGAAUGAUGACUCAAUCCGCGAUCAACACGGGCACGUUGCUCGACGAAGUGCACACCAGCAAGGCCAGCGGCUUGCCCUCCCUCAUUCGAUAUCUCGGACAGAUCGGGCUGGACUAUCAUCACGACGACUUUCUGUACGCUGCUGUCGAGCUUGCAGUCAUUUCCGAGCUGCGGGAUAUCAAGCACCGAGGACGCAUUCCGGUUCCGAAGGGCGUGACCCUGUUCGGCGUUCCAGACGAGACUGGCUACUUGAAAGAGGGUGAGAUCUUCGUCAUCACCGAGAGAGGUCCCACUGGCGGGAAAGAGAUUCUGGUUCGGGAUAAAGUGAUCAUCACCCGGUCGCCAGCGCUACACCCCGGAGAUAUUCAGCUCGCCAAAGCCGUGGAUGUUCCUCCCGGCAAUUCGAAUCGACAGCUUUCCAACGUCGUCGUAUUCAGCAAGUGGGGACAACGAGACUUGCCCAGCAAGCUCUCCGGGGGCGAUUUGGAUGGAGACCUCUACAACGUCAUCUGGGAUGAAACCCUGAUCCCCUGGAUGAUUUAUGCACCCGCACAGUACCCUCGAGUGCCGCCGGUAGAAUUACCGCGCGACGUGACGCGCAAGGAUAUGAGCGACUUCUUCGUGACCUUCAUGGAGAACGACAAGCUUGGUUUGAUAGCCAAUCAACAUCUGCAGCUGGCGGAUCAGCGUCCCAUGGGCACUCUCGACCCAGAUUGCAUCAAAUUGGCGGCCUUGGCCUCCACUGCUGUAGACUAUAGCAAGACUGGCAUUCCGGCCAACAUGGGUACCGCGCCGAGGCCCGCCAAAUUUAAGCCUGACUAUAUGGCUCCCAAUCCGCGAGUGGUGUUCUCGCAGGAGGGGCUCCUGGAUCUCGAGGACGAAGAUUUCGCGCCUGACGAAGCGUUCGAUACCAUCGACGCCGAGCGCCGGCCGAUGCGUUACUACGAGAGUCAAAAAGUCCUUGGCAUCCUAUACCGAAGCAUCGACGAGCGACAGUUUCUCGCCGAUAUGCAACGCGGUCAUCGCCUUGCAGUCACUGCCCACUCUCGGCAUGAUUUGAUGCCCGAGCUUCUGCAAUAUGUCGUACACACUGCCACGGUCACUUACGGAGGCAAUCUGUACAAACAUCACAAAGAAUUUGCACGACAGAUCCGCAACAGCUUUGAGGAGAGCAUGACGAAUCUCAUGUACGACUGCGAGCCGACGCCACACAAACCCCUUUCCGAAACCGAAGUCUUCGCAGGCCAAAUUCUAGGUCGCCAGAAUGGCCCCGAUGGCAAAAUGCUUCGCGAGCUAAGUGAAGUGAUGCGCGGACGUUUCGAGAAAAUUGUGGAAUAUUGCAACAUGCGCAUCACGUACGGUGACGAUCAAAUGGAAGAAGUAGAUGAUCUCGACGACCUCUACGGCGCAGAGUACAGCAAUCGAGAAGUCGAAGCCCUUCCACGUGCCAUUGCAUGUUUGGAGGUCGCUGUCCGUGAGCCUGGCUACAAGGAUCCUUGGGUGGGAGAAUUGGUGAGUUUCAAAUACAUUGCUGCUGCUGCUGCAUUGAAGGAGUUGGAUCGUUAUCGGGUUACCACGUAUGCUAGUUAUGCGGGCUUGCCACCUCUGGCGAGCUUGUGAGAGAUGGGGGAUAGGCAGUGAGCAGCGAUGGAUGGAUGACAGGAGAACUUUCUUUCGGAGCCCAAACGAAGUAGCAUGGAGUUUGUUGUCGGGUAGUUUCAACGAUUGUGAAGUGACGAAUGGAAUGGAAAAUUUCAC